UUUAAAAUUUAAAUCCAAUUAGUUGUACCAAAUUAAGAAAAAAUAGAUGACAAAAACAAGUGACAUCCGUUUACACAAUUUUCAUUUUCUCAAACGCUUAAAAUGAUAAAAUGAUAAAGUUGUUUCUACUACGCUACAAUUACACCAAAGCUGCCAACAUUAGAUAGAUUCUCGAUUCCAUCAUUUAUUUUUUAUUUUUCAAAUUUAAUUUUUUAUUCAAAAAAAAAAAAAAAAAAAACAUUAAUCCCACCUACACAUUACUCCACACAACAACACACGAACUUAACAGUCAUUCUUCAGUCUUUCUCUCUCCCCACCACCACUUUCUCUCUCCUCCCUCCACUUUCUCUCUCUUCCGCCAUUAACAAACCCCACUUGAACUUCCUCUCUUACUUCCAUUUCACAACACCCUCUUCCUCUUUCUCUCUCCUCCAUGCUACUUUAAACCCAAAUAACAAAAAAGAUACAAUCUUUUAUUUAAAAAAGUAAUGAAUCGCCGGCCAAGAGCGAAUCCCACGCGCGCGUUUCCCGACGCGCCGCCACCUAUACCACCACAAACAACCUCGUACAAACCCUUCAACAUAAUCCCAAUCCACGACCUCUUAAUUGACCACCCUUCCACGCGCUACCCUGAAGUACGCGCCGCCGCGUCAGCGUUACGCGCCGUCGAGGACCUCCGGAAACCACCCUUUCACACGUGGCACGACAACUACGACCUUCUAGAUUGGUUGGGUCUUUUCUUUGGGUUUCAAAACGACAACGUUCGGAACCAACGAGAGCACCUUGUUCUUCACCUGGCAAACUCUCAAAUGCGGAUGACACCACCGCCGUCAAACGCCGCCGUUUUGGAUUUCGACCUGGUGCGGAAGUACCGGAAGAAGCUUCUGGCGAAUUACAGUUCGUGGUGUUCGUUUGUUGGGAAGAGGUCUCGGGUUCGAGUCCCACUGUUCCGAAAAGGGAGCGAUGAAUUUCGGCGGGAGUUAUUGUAUGUAUCUCUUUACUUGUUAAUUUGGGGUGAAUCUGCUAAUUUAAGGUUUAUGCCUGAAUGUAUUUGUUAUAUUUUUCAUCAUAUGUCACAAGAACUUAAUAUGAUACUUGAUAAUCGAGAUGACCCGGAAACGGGGCGGCCGUAUUUGCCGGUAAUUAGUGGUGACAAUGCAUUUUUAGAUCAGGUUGUGAAACCCCUUUACGAUACGAUUCGGGAUGAGGUUAGUUUUAGUAAGGGUGGAAGGAAGCCACACUCGGCGUGGCGGAAUUAUGAUGAUUUGAAUGAGUUUUUUUGGAGGAAGAGGUGUUUUAAGUCGCUUAAGUGGCCUUUGGAUAGGAGUAGUAAUUAUUUUACCACGGCUAGUAAGGCGGCGAGGGUGGGGAAGACGGGGUUUGUGGAGCAAAGGUCGUUUUGGAAUGUGUUUAGGAGUUUUGAUAGGGUUUGGGUGUUGUUGUUCUUGUUCUUACAUGCCAUGAUUGUUGUGGCGUUGGAUGGGACGGAUUGGCCGUGGGAGGCGAUUGGGAAGAGGGAGGUUCAGGUCAAGUUGCUUACGGUUUUUAUAACGUGGGCGGGGCUUAGGUUGAUUCAGUCCAUUCUUGAUGCGGGGACUCAGUAUAGUUUGGUGACUCGGGAGAAGUGGUUGCUUGGUGUGAGGAUGGUGCUAAAGAGCAUGGUGGCUGUGGCUUGGAUUGUUGUGUUCUCUGUGUUUUAUGUUAGGAUUUGGAGUCAGAAAGAUAGGGAUCGUCGCCGGGGGUGGUCUUAUGAGGCAAAUCAGAGGAUACUCAUGUUUCUUAAGGCAGCCUUUGUGUUUAUUAUCCCGGAAUUGUUGGCCUUGGUUCUUUUUGUUGUUCCAUGGGUUAGGAACUUUUUUGAGGAGGUUAAUUUUCCUUUGUUGUACUUGGUAACGUGGUGGUUUCAUAGGCGGACUUUUGUGGGUCGUGCUGUGAGGGAAGGGCUGAUCGACAACAUUAAGUAUUCUUUGUUUUGGGUUUUAAUUUUGGCUGCAAAAUUUUCAUUUAGCUAUUGUCUUCAGAUCAAGCCCUUGAUAGGCCCAACAAAGGCCCUCUUGAGGUUGAGGGGUGUACACUAUAAUUGGCACGAGUUUUUCAGUAACACUAACAGAAUAGCAGUUGUAUUGCUGUGGCUUCCUGUUAUUAUUAUCUAUCUCGUGGACUUACAGAUAUGGUAUUCUGUCUUCUCCUCGUUGGUUGGUGCAUAUGUUGGACUAUUCUCUCAUUUGGGUGAGAUUAGGAAUAUUUGGCAGCUCAGGCUUAGGUUCCAAUUCUUCGCUAGUGCCAUGCAGUUCAAUCUCAUGCCAGAGGAGCAGCUGCCCACAGUGCAAGUGAUAAAUAUUGUGCACAAGCUUAGAGAUGCAGUACAAAGAUUGAGGCUUCGUUAUGGAUUUGGGAAGGCCUACAAGAAGAUUGAAUCUAGCCAGGUGGAGGCAACACGUUUUGCCUUGUUAUGGAAUGAGAUAAUUAAAUAUAUGAGGGAAGAAGAUCUUCUUGGUGAUCGAGAAGUGGAACUUUUGGAGCUUUCACCCAACUGUUGGAAUAUCAGGGUUAUUCGCUGGCCAUGUAUUCUUCUUUGUAAUGAGCUUCUUCUAUCUGUCAGCCAGGCAAAAAAGAUGGCAAAUGAUCACGACAGGUGGGUUUGGCACAAGAUGUGCAAGAGCGAGUACCGAAGGUGUGCAAUCAUAGAGGCCUAUGAUAGCAUCAAAUAUUUGCUGCUCAAUCAUGUUGUUAAAUAUGGUACAGAAGAGCAUUCAAUUGUUAUUAAUGCUUUCAAAGAGAUGGAAUACUAUAUGGAGAAUGAGAAGUUUACUACAUUCUAUAAGUUGACUUUGCUACCGCAGAUUCAUGACAGAUUGGUAACUCUUACGGAGCUUCUGCUGAGUCCUGAGAAGGAUAUUGAUGAAAUAAUUAAGGUCUUGCAGGCGUCAUAUGAGCUUUGUGUUCGUGAAUUCUCAAAAAAUAAGAGGUCCGUGGGGGAGUUAAGGGCGGUGGGUUUAGCACUUCAAAAUCCUGCCACAGAUACAGGGUUUCUUUUUGAGAAUGCUGUUGAAUUUCCUGAUGAGGAGGAUGUGUUCUAUUACAGACAGCUGCGUCGUUUGCAUACACUUCUUACUUCUAGGGAUUCUAUGCACAAUGUACCAAAAAAUAAAGAGGCUCGGAGACGCAUUUCCUUCUUUAGCAACUCUGUCUUCAUGAACAUGCCCCACGCUCCUCAGGUGGAGAAGAUGAUGGCCUUCAGUGUAUUGACGCCUUACUAUGACGAAGACGUUAUUUAUGGAACUAGCAAACUCAAAAGUGCGAAUGAGGAUGGCAUUUCCAUCUUGUUCUAUCUGCAGAAAAUAUAUGAGGAUGAAUGGGAUAAUUUCAUGGAGCGGAUGAGGAGGGAAGGCUUGGAAGAUGAGAGAGAAAUUUGGACAAUGAAGGUCAAGGAACUGCGUCUUUGGGCAUCAUACCGAGGCCAAACUCUUUCUCGUACUGUGAGGGGAAUGAUGUAUUAUUAUCAGGCGCUCAAGAUGCUUGCCUAUCUGGAUUCAGCAUCAGAAGUGGAUAUAAGGGCUGGUAGUCAACAAAUUGCCUCACAUGGUUCAUUGACUCUGAGUAAUAAUUGGGAUGGCUUAGGAUCAAUUAGAGGCUUAGGUUCAAUCAGAGUUCCAUCUUCACGCAAUCUUGGAAGAGCACCUAGUGGUAUGAAUAUCCUAUACAAAGGCCAUGAGUUUGGGACUGCUAUGAUGAAAUUUACUUAUGUGGUAACCUGUCAGGUAUAUGGGAUUCACAAAAUGGCAGGGGACUCACGUGCAGAGGAGAUCUUGUUUUUGAUGAAAAAUGACGAGGCUCUUCGAGUUGCUUAUGUUGAUGAGGUACACCUGGCGAGGGAUGUUGUAGAAUACUAUUCAGUUCUUGUUAAGUACGAUCAGCAGCUGCAGAGAGAAGUGGAGAUAUAUAGGAUCAAGUUGCCUGGUCCUGUGAAAUUGGGAGAAGGAAAACCAGAGAACCAGAAUCAUGCCAUUAUUUUUACUCGAGGUGAUGCUCUCCAGACGAUUGACAUGAAUCAAGACAAUUAUUUUGAGGAAGCUCUUAAGAUACGCAACCUCUUGGAGGAAUUCAACAAGUACUACGGGAUCAGGAAGCCAACGAUUCUCGGAGUCCGAGAAAACAUCUUCACAGGUUCUGUGUCCUCUCUUGCUUGGUUCAUGUCUGCUCAGGAGACAAGUUUUGUCACUCUUGGCCAGCGUGUUCUGGCAAAUCCUCUUAAGGUGCGUAUGCACUAUGGUCACCCAGAUGUGUUUGAUAGGUUUUGGUUUCUUACUCGUGGUGGAAUCAGUAAGGCGUCUAAGUUGAUCAACUUGAGUGAGGACAUAUUUGCUGGUUUCAACUGCACGCUUCGAAGUGGUAAUAUAACUCAUCAUGAGUACAUACAGGUGGGUAAAGGUAGGGAUGUAGGGUUGAAUCAGAUUGCCAUGUUUGAAGCAAAGGUUGCUAGCGGAAAUGGGGAGCAAGUUCUCAGCAGGGAUGUGUACAGGUUGGGCCAUCGGCUGGACUUCUUUCGGAUGCUUUCAGUCUUCUAUACCACUGUGGGUUUCUAUUUCAAUACAAUGAUGGUGGUUCUGUCCAUCUAUACCUUUUUGUGGGGCCGCUUAUAUCUUGCUCUUAGUGGCGUGGAGGAUCAUGCUGUUAAACAUAGCAGCAAUAAUGCAGCCUUAGGUGCUAUUGUGAACCAGCAGUUUAUCAUUCAAAUCGGCCUCUUCACUGCUCUCCCAAUGAUUGUGGAGAAUUCUCUGGAGCAUGGUUUUCUUCCAGCAAUAUGGGACUUUGUGAAAAUGCAGCUGCAGCUAGCUUCGUUGUUUUACACCUUCUCAAUGGGAACUAGAUGCCAUUAUUUUGGCCGAACAAUUCUUCAUGGAGGUGCUAAGUACCGUGCUACUGGACGUGGGUUUGUUGUAGAGCAUAAGAGAUUCGCUGAGAACUAUAGGCUUUAUUCUCGUAGUCAUUUUGUGAAGGCGAUUGAGCUUGGGGUGAUAUUGAUUGUUUAUGCUUCUCACAGCCCAAUGGCCACGAGUACAUUUGUCUACAUAGCCAUGUCGAUCUCUAGUUGGUUCCUCGUAGUCUCAUGGAUUUUGGCCCCAUUUGUUUUUAACCCAUCUGGCUUUGAUUGGUUAAAGACUGUAUAUGACUUUGAUGAUUUCAUAACUUGGAUAUGGUAUGGUAGUGGAGUGUCCACUAAGGCCGAAAGGAGCUGGGAAACCUGGUGGUAUGAAGAGCAGGAACAUCUCAAAACUACUGGUUUGUGGGGGAAGUUAUUGGAGAUUUUAUUAGACCUUCGUUUCUUCUUUUUUCAGUACGGCAUUGUGUAUCAGCUCAAUAUUGCUGCUGGAAAGACCAGUAUCGGUGUUUAUUUGCUCUCUUGGCUCCACUUUUUUCUACUUGUUGGGAUGUGUGUAAUCGUAGCAUAUGCCCGGGACAAGUAUGGUGCUAAAAAACAUAUCUACUUCAGGAUAAUACAGUCUUCAGUCAUAUCCCUCACUAUACUGGUGAUUGUUAUUCUGUUGAAAUUCACCAGGUUUAAAGUUAUGGAUCUCCUGACCAGUGCUCUAGCUUUUAUCCCAACAGGCUGGGGCAUCAUUCAAAUUGCUCAGGUGCUCCGUCCCUUUCUGCAAACUUCGGUUGUCUGGGACACCGUGGUUUCCUUGGCUCGGCUCUAUGAUUUGACAUUUGGCAUGAUUGUUAUGGUUCCCGUGGCUUUGUUGUCUUGGAUGCCUGGAUUUCAGUCAAUGCAAACUAGGAUCCUUUUCAAUGAAGGUUUCAGCAGGGGCCUCCAAAUUUCGCAACUUCUUACUGCCAAAUGAUAAAUCAGAAUUUAAGUGUGAAUAGAGAUUUUGCGCCAUCGGUAGGGUAUGGAAAUGAAUGCAGAUAGGCAAGCAAUUUGCUUCUUUGAUUCAGGAACCUGCUGUAUGUAUGACUUGAUUCACCCUUCACUAACCUAAAUGUGAGAAGGAAAUUUUAUUAAUUUUUGUUGUGCAGUAAUAUGAUAUCUCUUUAGUUUUAUUCUAAAUUUUCAUUUCUCAUUAAAUAUCAAUUUUCUGAUGUCGUAGCUAUUUUAGAUUUUUAAUAGAAAGGAUAUUCUCUUGCCACAUUCUGUCAUGCUGUAGUUUGUGGCCGAUUUUUUCUGUAUAUAUUAUCAAUGUUUGAAUUUUUUUUAGCUCAAUAAAGGCACCAAUUUGAUCAAGUGAAAUUCAUUCAAAUCAAAGGCAUGUCUUUCAAAUUGCAGCAUUGAAAUGUAAUGAAUUUUAAUUGUCAUCAAGUGCAACUAAUACUAAGUUACCUUAGAGCAUCCAUUCAUUGCGAAGCAUUUAUUUUAUGCACUAAAUUUCUCCAUUAUGGUUUUGCAGUAAAAUUUAAACGAUUGGCUAGAACUGAUAGUACUGUACGUCUCUAUCAGUGAUUUCACAGCUUUUUUUUAGUAUAUUUCAUCAGUAUAAAACUAUUUUCAUUACUGACUAUGCAAGUUUGUUUCAAGUUGUUUCAAGUUAUUUCCCUCGAAAAAAAGUUUGUUUCAAGUUGUGGUUAUGGCCUCUGUUAUUUUGCAAAGAGAGGUUAAAGUAGUAAAUUUUUCUGUCUUGGGAAAGAAGAGGAUGAUAACUUAAACGUUUUUCUCAAGAGCUUUAGUUUCAACUGUGAAUGUCUUCUUAUAUUCUCUUGUUGCCCUUGAUAGUGUCAACAUAUUAGAUUAUCUAUGUUUCUCCUGUC